GCUCCAUAUUUGGGCAUGUACGUCAGCGGCGGGGCGGGGCCGAGCCCGCUAAAUAGCGGCGGCUGCCGGGGAAAGCAUUCAUCCCGCGGGGAGAGAGCGCAGCGGAGCGGCUUGGAGCGGAGCGAGGAGGAGGAGGAGGCGGCGGCGGCGGCGGCGGAGGAGGAGGAGGAGGAGGAGGAGGAGGAGGAGGCGGUGCCCAGCCUGGCAACCUCUGCCCACCGGUCCCGCUCUGCCCCCGGAGCCCUGCCUAUAGCCCGCCAGCGAGCCAGAAUGGUGACCAAGGCGGAGAUCAGCCUGCCGCCCCUGCUGCCCGAGCCGCUGUACCAGGCUCUGGACUCUUACCCGAAGCUGGACGAUGUGAUGAUGACGGGCACGUUUGUCACCGCCUCCACCGACCAGCCGUUCUAUGGGGAACCCCUCGAGCAGUUCGAGCAUCUGCCGGCAGACACGUUCACGGAUAUUUCACCCAGCGGAGAUAAGUCUCUGAUCGAGUCGUAUGCAGCCCAGAACUGCAGGCUUCCAUCGGUCACUUACACCGGCCGCUUCUCACUGGAGCCCGCUUCCAGCAACAACAGUCUGUGGCCCGAGCCGCUCUUCAGCCUGGUCAGCGGGAUCGUUAGCAUGAGCGCACCUUGCUCAAAUACGGCCUCGUCCAGCCAGCCCAUCAGCUGCUCCGUCCAGCAAAGCCAGUCCAGUGCCGUCUACUCUGCCCCUUCCACCUUCACCAACUCCAGCUCCGAUAUCUUCACUGAGGCACAGUCUCCGGGCUUCCCCAGCCCCGGCGGCUCUGUCCAAUAUCCUCCUCCCAGCUACUCCAACACUAAGAACUGCAGCUCAAACUUCCAGCUGCCAAUGAUCCCAGACUAUAUGUUUUCCCAACAGGAAGACAUCACUAUGAGCAGCUCUGAGCAAAAACCUUUCCAGACACUGGAACCCAGAGCUCAGCCUUCUCUCAUUCCACUGUCCACCAUCAAAGCGAUCGCCACCCAGACCAGCUGCCCCGAGCUCAAGAACAUAAAUACCUACCACUCUCAGCUGAUCAAACCCUCCCGGUUAAGGAAGUACCCCAACCGACCCAGCAAGACCCCGCCUCACGAGCGGCCGUACGCCUGCCCGAUGGAAACCUGCGACCGGCGCUUCUCCCGGUCUGAUGAACUCACUCGCCACAUCCGGAUCCACACCGGCCAGAAGCCCUUCCAGUGCCGCAUCUGCAUGAGGAACUUCAGCAGAAGCGACCACCUAACCACACACAUCCGCACACACACCGGCGAGAAGCCUUUCGCCUGCGAAAUCUGUGGCAGGAAGUUUGCAAGGAGCGAUGAAAGGAAAAGGCACACUAAAAUCCACCUCCGGCAGAAGGAGAAGAAAGCUGACAAGGCCAUGUGUAUUUCCAGCUCCAGUGCCCCGACAGUUUCCUACCAGUCCCCUGUCACCAGCACCUAUCCCUCGGCAAUAGUGAGCACCUCCUUUGACUCCUCGGUCACUAGUGGUUACCUUUCUGCAGUAGUGAGCACCUCCUUUGACACCCCUGUCACCAGCACGUAUCCCUCGGCAGUAGUGAGUACCUUUGACUCCCCUGACACCAGCACGUAUCCCUCCGCAGUAGUGAGCACCUCCUUUGACUCCCCUGUCACCAGCACGUAUCCCUCCGCAGUAGUGAGCACCUCCUUUGACUCCCCUGUCACCAGCACGUAUCCCUCCGCAGUAGUGAGCACCUCUUUUGAGUCCUCAGUCACCAGCACGUAUCCCUCCGCAGUAGUGAGCACCUCCUUUGACUCCCCUGUCACCAGCACGUAUCCCUCCGCAGUAGUGAGCACCUCUUUUGAGUCCUCAGUCACCAGCACGUAUCCCUCCGCAGUAGUGAGCACCUCCUUUGACUCCCCUGUCACCAGCACGUAUCCCUCCCCAGUGGUGAGCACCUCUUUCGACUCCCCAGUCACCAGCACUUUCCCUUCAGUGACUCCAGCUUCCUCAGAGAUGUCAUCAACCCUUACACCAAGGACAAUUGAAAUCUGAAGUUGUUGGCAUCUCCAGAAAUGGACAUGUUUUUAUAUAAAUAGACCACCGUGCUAUUGUGUACAUGUUGCCAAGCUGUACCCCUCUCAGCGUCUGCAGGUACGGUUGCCUAAUUCGAGGGGGGUAUGCCUUUUCGUGAUCCAUCCUGUAUUGCCUGGAACUGACAGGGGAAAUUGGUAAAUGUCUCUAUCGUGCAAUGCUGUCAUCGAUCCCUUUAAACAAAUGAGAUGCAGUUGGAAUGCCUUGCUGCCAGCAUGUACCGGAGAUGUUCUUUAUGCUGGGGAAGUUCCCUGGUGGUUGCCAAGUGGCUGAACUUUGCUUUGUCCUUUGGUUGGUUUUAAAGUUCUGAUAAGUCUGUGUGCCUUUUAUGUGCAGCUUGCUAACAUGUAUUUCUGUUAGUGGAUGUGACGCAUCAAAGCCUUAAAGGUGAAAAGGAAGACAUGGUCACUAAAGGCACUUUGCAGUUGGAGGGAAGGGAAGAAAUGCCAAAGCAUUUCUCUCGAAAGUAAGCAAAAAAUAUCUAAAGUAUAUUUUUGUAAUCUGUGUAAAUAGAUUCAGAGCCAGGAUGUUGCUGUUACCUACCGAGUAGGCGGUGUAUUUUUUUGUAUGUUCUCAAUUUGCGUUUAACUGGUGGAUACAUUUCAAUGUAGAGUGUUUGUAAACGGAGCACCUGCCUGUUCACGCUUCUUACACAAUGGAAUGCGCUUUACUGCCGAGCGGAUAUUUGGUGUACAAUAUACCCUGAAGAAAAAUAAAUCUUUAAAAGAUUUCUCUUAA